AUAGUCAUGACAUUUCCAUAGCUUCAGCAUCAAGAAUUGUGCACAGAGUCUGUUCCACUUUAUGUCUGAGACUAGGGAAUAUAAAUUUCCCCACUACAGUGCCAGAGCUCGUCCACAAUAAGGAAGGGUUUCAUAAAAUUGCGAAUUUUCCCAAUGUUGUCGGAGCCAUCGAUGGAACCCUGAUUCCCAUUCAAGGGAUGGCAGGUGAUGAGGAGCCCACAUUCAUCUGUAGGAAGGGAUUCCAUGCCAUCAACGUGCAGGCCGUUGUGGAUGCAAAUCUCAGCUUUACAAACAUAGUGGUGAGAUGGCCUGGAUCCACACAUGACUCCUUCAUCCUAACAAAUUCCUCUCUCCCAAACAUUAUGGAAGGAACCGAUGGAUGGCUGUUGGGGGAUUCUGGGUACCCUUUGAAGAAGUGGCUUCUGACACCUUUUGCUCAGCCUUCAAAUCAGCAGGAGCAGAGGUACAACCGUGCCCACUGUUCCACUAGAAAUACAGUGGAGAGAGGUUUUGGUGUACUCAAGAGCAGGUUUAGAUGUAUGCACAAGACUGGUGGGACUUUACAAUUUGGUUCGGAGAAAUGCAUCAAAAUCAUUGAAUGCUGCUUUCGGCUCCACAACAAGGCUAUCCUCGACAAAAUACCCCUGCAAGCCACAAAUGAGGCAGCUGUGCCAGUGUUUCACCACCAUGCAGCAUAUCAAGGAAAUGACAAUGAUGGUCUCACUUUGAGACAGAGGAUAACACAGAGAUUUUAAUCUUGCAAGUUCUUAAUGUUGUAUUUGGAUUAAAUUUCCAAAAGUAAAUUUCUAUAAGUAUCAUAAACCAAAAUAUUUGUUCUCUUUGUAUAGUUUUCACAUCCGAUUCAAAGUUUCAUGUGCAUCUUCAGUGUAUAUAAUUUACUCCUUUUUGGCAUUGUUUUAAAGUAACACAAAAUUGAGUUGAAGGAACGAGAACAGCAAACUUUAUUAUUUUACAGAUAUUAAUAAUACCAUUAUGUUGAAAGUAAUAUGUUUCCAGAACCUUCUCUCUCUCUCUCUCUCUCUCUCUCUCUCUCUCUCUCUCUCUCUC